AUGAAUACCACAGUGAAGGAGAUUGAGCAAGUAAUAGGACUUGUACUUCGUAUGGGUAUCGUCCAAAUGCCUGGUAUCCAUAUUUACUUUGAAGAGGAUACCCGCUGUGGACCAGUGGCAGAUAUAAAUGGAAAGAACAGACUACAACUCAUUCUAAGGUGUCUGCACUUUGUGGACAACGAUGCCAUUCCUGAUGAAUGUAAAACUAACAAGCUAUGGAAGAUUCGACCAUUUCUUGAGAAGUUUCGUGAGCAAUGUCUUUUGGCCAUUCCUGGGGAAGAGCAAUCAAUUGAUGAAAUGAUACCAUUUACGGGUCGAUUCUGUCAAAUCAAACAGUAUCUCCGAGGAAAGCCCAGUCCAUGGGGAUUCAAAAAAAACUACAAGGUGUUUGCUGACAAUCUGUUGACAUCUGUUGCACUGAUGGAGGAAAUGCAGAAGAAUGGUUUUCCAAUACACUGGGACAGACAUGGUUCCUUUGACUACCGACUCGAGCAGAACACCAAUACCAAUUGUGUUCGACGGCUUGACACAAAGAUGGUGACCCUGAUGUCAAUCUUUGCUGGUGUUCAACCCUCUGAUAUGGCCAGGCGUUGGGACAAAACAGCAAAAGAGCACAAAGAUGUUACCAGGCCUUUCAUCAUCAAGGAGUAUAAUAGCCAUACAGGUGGAAUUGACCAAUUAGAUUCAUGCACUGCCUGCUACAAGUUUUCAUUGAAGUCAAGAAGGUGGUACCUAUAUGUUUUCUGGCUUUUCGUCCAACUUGCCAUAAUCAAUGCCUGGCUGUGGUAUCGCCGAGACAGUGACCUAAGUGCUACAGCCAAGCCACUCAAUUCCCAUGAAAUUCGAAGCAAGGGUAGCAAGUUGGCCGGUAGAAGUAAAUACUAUGAAGAAACGUGGAAGACCAUCACUAGAGGCUGGAGAAUCCAGCAUCUCCCCCAAAUGAAGAUGGCUCGUAAGAACCAAUUUGCUCAUUGGCCAAUCAAGACUGAGAAAUGUCGUCGCUAUGCCUUGCGCCAGAUGAAAACUGAUACUAAUUUUAUAGUAUUUUUCAGUGUAGGAAAUCCACAUAAAGUUCAUAGUUCAGCUGGACAGUUUUAUAGCACAUGCAUUAGUGGACCAUAG